CCGGCUGCGAGGGCUUCAAGCGAAACGAACAUUUUAAUUUGUGACAUUUUCUUUAGAGAACAACAGUCUAAAAACGUUUUACGGAUAUAGACGACAACGGACAGGGAAAGGCACUGGAUGACUACAGUUCUCCCAGAAACUGUAUUGGCCCAGAAUGCCUGGUGAGGUGGCGUGUUCCUGGUGACUGAGCCCCGCUGCACCUUGGGUGGGAGCGUGGCUGGGAGGAGUGAUGGGGGAGACGGAGGACGAGCGCGGCUCCCAGGCCAACCAGCUCUUCGAGAUCUUCGUGCAGGCCUCCACAUGUAAGGGCACCCUCCAGGCCUUCAGCGUGCUGUGCAGGCAGCUGGACCUGCUCCCGGCCCACCACCCAGGUUUCUACAGCAGCCUCAAAGCAGCCAUCACCUCCUGGAAGGCCAAGGCGCUGUGGACCAAACUGGACAAAAGAGCCAACCACAAGGAAUACAAGAAAGGCAAAGCGUGUGCUGACAUCAGGUGUCUGGUAAUUGGUGCAGGUCCUUGUGGACUGCGUACUGCCAUAGAACUGGCCCUGCUCGGAGCCAAGGUGGUGGUGAUUGAGAAGAGAGACACUUUUUCCAGGAACAAUGUCCUCCAUCUUUGGCCUUACACCAUCCAUGACCUCAGAAACCUGGGAGCCAAGAAGUUCUAUGGCAAAUUCUGUGCAGGAGCCAUAGACCAUAUCAGUAUUCGUCAGCUGCAGCUGAUCUUGCUAAAGGUGUGUCUCAUCCUGGGGGUGGAGGUGCACGUCAAUGUAGAAUUCCUCAAACUCCAGGAGCCCACUGAGGAACAAGACAACCAUGGUCAUGGAUGGAGAGCAGAAAUUAGUCCUCCUGGUCAGCCCAUCGCCAACUAUGAGUUUGAUGUUCUAAUCGGAUCGGACGGACGAAGAAGCACUCUAGAUGGCUUUAGGAGGAAGGAGUUCCGAGGCAAACUGGCCAUUGCUAUCACAGCCAACUUUGUGAACCGCAACACGACAGCGGAGGCCAAGGUGGAGGAGAUCAGUGGAGUGGCCUUCAUCUUCAACCAGAAGUUCUUCCUGGAGCUCAAGGAGGAAACAGGGAUCGAUUUGGAGAACAUUGUGUAUUACAAGGACAACACGCACUAUUUUGUUAUGACUGCAAAGAAGCAGAGCUUGCUUGACAAGGGUGUCAUCAUCCAUGACUACAUCGAGACUGAGCGUCUCCUACACACCGACAACGUCAAUCAGGAGGCACUGCUCUCAUACGCCCGCGAGGCGGCCGACUUCGGAACCAACUACCAGCUGCCCUCGCUGGACUAUGCCAUCAACCACUACAGCCAGCCCGACGUGGCCAUGUUUGACUUCACCUGCAUGUAUGCGUCAGAGAACGCAGCGCUCAUCAGACAGAAGAGCGGCCGCCAGCUGCUGGUGGCCCUGGUCGGAGACAGUCUGCUAGAGCCGUUCUGGCCCAUGGGGACAGGAUGUGCCCGAGGUUUCCUGGCUGCGUUUGACACGGCAUGGAUGGUGAAAGGGUGGGCUCAGGGCAAAGCCCCCCUGGAACUACUUUCUGAGAGAGAGAGCAUCUACAGACUGUUGCCUCAAACCACAGCUGAGAACAUCACCAAGAACUUCGAUCAGUAUACCAUAGAUCCAGCAACACGCUACCCCAACCUCAACUCCAGCUGUGUUCGCCCACAGCAGGUUCGGCAUCUGUACAUUAAUGGUGAGCAGACGUCUGUUUCCCUGGAGCACGGGGGCCCUAGCCAUAGGUCUGUCAGUACCUCCAGAAAAGGGUCAGAGGUGCGGUCCAGCCGUUUGUUGCUGUGGUGUCAGAAGCAGACGCAGGGCUACCGCAGCGUGGACGUCACUGACCUCACCACCUCCUGGAGGAGUGGCCUGGCUCUGUGCGCCCUCAUCCACCGCCAACGCCCAGAUCUCAUUGACUUUGACUCUUUGAACGAGGCGGACUCUGCUAAGAACAACCAGCUGGCAUUCGAGGUGGCUGAGCAGGCCUUCGGCAUCCAGCCCCUUAUCACGGGGAAGGAGAUGGCAGCCGAACAGGAGCCUGACAAGCUCGUCAUGGUGCUCUACCUCUCCAAGUUUUACGAGCUGUUGUGCCACUCAGCCCUGCCCGUCUCAGUUGCCACACAAGGGACCGAUGAGAACAAUGAGGACUAUUCAUCAAAGUCCACCGCCUCCGUUUACAACCUAAUGAACCUCGCACUGCCCAGGAAGCGGAUUCCAAAGGACGAUAAGAAGUUGGAAGAUGAUGACCUGAACAAGAAGAGGAGAAAAGGCUGCAACUACCUAGAAGAGUUGUCCUAUCAGAGUGCUCCGUUUGCACGAGAGGGCGGGGAGCAGAAGGAGAAUAAGGUGCGCUCCAUGGCAACCCAACUUCAGGCCAAGUUUGAAGAGAACGCACCAAGCAGUGCUGUGCGUCGACAGACUCAGCCUGAGGCUGAGUCUGACUGUCCUGCUGCAAAGUCCCUUUCUCUGGACAUGGCUGAAAACCCUCGCUUUGCUAAGCCCAAACACCAGGCUCCUCCCCCUCCUCCCCCUCCCGAACCAAAGUGGCAGCCGUCCCCUUACUUGAGACUCCUGGAGUCUCAGACGCAGCCCAGUUACAAAUAUGGCAACGCAGAAGCCCAGCGUCCUCCCCAGCACACAGAUGAACAGCUGACUUACCCCCACACAGCAGAGCCACCCUUUAGGCACCAUUCCUCAGAAUCACAGCCCUGCCAUCAGACCCCUGACCCACAGUAUAGUCGUCAAACCCCUGAACCUCAGCCCAGCUCUCCAGGCGCCCCCAUGCCAGUUCACCAACUGAGUCAUCUCCCGGAGCCCCGAGGUGCCCCGCCAGAAGACGGCUCACCCAAACACCUCCUCUCCUCUACACCUGCUCUGGGAGAGACGCUCCAACUCCUACAACGGCUAGAGGAGAAGAUCAGUGAGAGGAAAGUGCAGACUCAAAGUGCCCGAGAGUUCAGCCGAAAGAGUAUAAAGGAGAGGGCGGAGCAGCUGAGCAACCUCUUCUCAGGCAGACUGCCUCAGGCCUGUGGCUCUGCCGCCCCUGUCUGUGUCCCUGCUAAGCCCCAGGUGGUCCACUCUCACACGGGGCGCUCUGCUCUGUCCUGUCUGCUCUCUCCUUUUCCUCCAGCUCAGUCCAAGCAGUGUAAUGGACAUCCUGAAUCCCAGCAGGCUGGUGCCCACAGGCACUCAGAUCGGGCUGAAAUCAAGCGCAUAGAAUGCCUUGAUCCCUCCAAACAGAGGACUGUGGGAAAGGUGUCGUCUGUGAUAGGGGUUAAGGCCGCCACCCUGGCCAUCCUGUAUGAAACUGACCACAGACCAAACAACCCGGUUACUCUCUCACUGCAGGUUAACCCACGGAAGGAAUUUGCUCCAGGGGUGGGCGGCAGUGACACCUGUCACUUUUGCAAAAAGCGAGUGUACAUAAUGGAGAGACUAAGUGCAGAGGGCUGUUUCUUUCACCGCGAGUGCUUUCGCUGUGAGGUCUGCAGCACCACCUUGAGGCUUGGAGGACAUAUGUUCGACUCUGAUCAUGGCACAUUUUAUUGCAAGCUACACUUUUCACAGCAGAAAAAGAGCCAGAGGCAUAAAAAGACGGAGACCCAUGCAGGCAGUGUGUCCUCUCCUGAUGGCAGUGGCGGUUACUCAGCCAUGAGCAGCUUACAGAGUCAGCCUCCAGACACAUUAGGACUCAAUUCAGUGACUGAGCCACAGCCCAGCCUGGACCAGAACCAUAUGCUGGAUCCCAGCACGGACCCCAGCAAGGUUGUGGAGAGUCCGACUGAACAGGAGCUUUCUGAAGGUCCAGCACCCACUGACACCAGCAGGCCGGUGGAUUCGUCUCUACAAGAAGCCUCCACGGCGUCUGAGCCACUCAAACCCAACUCUUUACAGCCGAACAAAGUGGCACACUCCAAUGCCAAAGGAGGAUUUUCCAACAGAACCAUUAGCUGGAAGAGGAAAAUCAAAACUACAUUGCCCCUGAUCUUGGUAAAGACAUUCGACCACAACCAAUUAACAGAAGAUAACAGCGUUCUCAUAGAAGAAGAUUCAGACUUUGAGGAGAUACAUGCACCCGAGACUAUAGCAAAACCAGAGAAGCUGUCUGCAGCCUCUCAGCACCCCCUUCAGGAGGAACAGGACCAGCCAACUCUUGCCACAUUUGCCCGCUACCGCCCUCAUGGAAUUCUUGCCACUCUGACACCCAGCUACCUCUGCCCAGAGAAGCCCUGCAACUACACAACCCCCUCGCUAGAGAAACUUCCCAACUACACGAUGCCCUUGCUAGAGAAACCUCCAAACUACAUGACCACCUCACUAGAGAAACCUCCAAACUACGCGGCACCCUCCCUAGAGAAACCUCCCAACUACAUGACCCCCUCCCUAGAGAGACCUCCCAAUUGCACAACCCCCUCCUUUGAAAAACCUCCAAAAAACACGACCCCCUCUCUAGAGAAUCCUCCCAACUACAUCGCCUCCUCCCUAGAGAAAGCUCCAAACUACACGAUCCCCUCACUAGAGAAACCUCCAAACUACAUGACCCCCUCCAUAGAGAAACCCCCCAGUGACAUGUCCCUCUUCCUAGAGAAGCAGACCUCUCUCACCCCCAAGAAGAAGCUGAUGCUCUCCUCAUCAGAGAAGGACCGGCUGCUGAACUGGGACAUAGCCACUCCGGGAAGGUUCUCAUCAGCACCUGUGGUCACAGAUGAAGCAGAAGGUGACAUCCAGAGGCGCAGAAGACCUGAGAACACAACGCAGCCUCAGAACGAUGCAGUGGCCUUUGCGGAGCCCAGCUCUGUACCGCCUGAGCCCAGCCGAAACUCUCUGCUCUCAGGCUUCCAGUUAUGGGCAAGCACCCUGCGGAGAUCUUUGUCCGGUGCAGAAAACAACUCUCGAUCGGUCAAGAGGAUCCGCCCCCACCGAGCCAGGCCAUGGUCUGAGGGCUCCCUGUUUGGAUCCACCUCCCAGACCCGGGAGGAGGCCGAGGGAGGGAGCUCUAGAGCUGCUACCGAAGGAAACCCGCUGAGUGUGAAGAAAAGGAGCGAAAUCACCACCAUGCUGGAGCAGGUGACGCUCAGCGCCAAGCCGCCAGGGAAUUCCAAGGAUGACAUGGCUUCCCUGCCGCGUCGGAAGCUCAACUUCUUCUCUUCUCUCCGUCUGAAGCGGAAUGAGGUGCGAGAUAGAAGUGAGACAGAUGACCAGACGAAGGACAUCUUGGCUAUCCUCUCCAAAUUCAGGAGCAAAGACUCCACACAGUUGCAGCAGAAAGAGGAGGAGGAGAACUACUCCACUGAUGAAGAAGACUUGGAGUUGGACAGGCACAGGUCAGAUGCGGGUGGCUCCAAGAGCCGGAGCAGGAAGCAGGAGGAGCUGCUCGUCCUGCAGACCAAGCGAGACCAGCUCAAGCGCCUCCACAGGGCUCAGGUCAUCCAGAGGCAGCUGGAGGAGGUGGAGGAGAAGCAGAGGGCACUGGAGGAAGAGGGCGUAGCCCUGGAGAAGCUCCUGAGAGGAGAGAACACGGAACCCUGUGAGGACGAGGCUGGGCUUCAGCAGACCUGGUUUAAUCUGGUGCUGGAGAAGAACAGACUCGCCAGAUAUGAAUCUGAGCUCAUGAUCUUUGCUCAGGAACUGGAGCUGGAGGACAGGCAAAGUCAGCUACAGCAGGACCUCAGACACAGGAUGGCCAUCGAGGACUGCGAGAAGAGUGCAGGAGAGCUGGUGGAGGAGCAGGCCCUGCUGGUGGAGGUGAUGAAGGUGGUGGAAGAGAGGGAUCAGCUGGUGGGUCUCCUGGAGGAGCAGCGACUGCAGGAGCGAGCCGAGGACCGCGACCUGGAGAGCCUCAUCCUCUCCAAGGGUUACCAGUUUCACUGGGCCUGAGGGAGCAGCCUGCACUGGCACCGAAUGGCUUCAAGAACCAGGGCCUGUGUUUAUGAAUCCAUCCAUAAAUUAAAAAAAGAUCCUGAGACAUUUCAUACAUACAACCUAGGCAUAUGCUCAUAAUUCAUUAUAAGUGUGCGCUAAUCCUAAUCACUAAACCAAAUCCUAGACCUUCACUUACCUGAACCGCAGUGUGAAGACUCGCCGUAGGACGGGUUGCGUUCACCUGCUGUACGAGCCUUCCUUUUAUACUGAGUAAAGCACUGAAACAAACUCCUUCACAUGCUGACUUGCAGCUAAAGAAUGUCACUUGGACUUGGAUGUCAAUGGACUUCUUUCUGACAAACUGUUCAAACACUGAGAAACACUGCCUUCAUCCUGCUGUGUCUGGUGUUUAAUGAGAUUAUCAGUAGAAAAUCCCUGACUAUAAACUGUACUUGUACAUGAUGGCUUCUAUUUAUUUAAACACUUUUAAGAGAGAAGAGGGUUUAGGCCCUUAUAAGCACUAACCUAAACACUAUGAACACUUUAACACUUCUUGUUUUUUUGACUUCCACAUGGGUGCAAUAAUACAGUAUGUAAUGCUCUGAAUGUUCUAGGCUGAAUGGUUUGUGUGUGUGGUGUUCUGUCCCCUGAAUGUAUAACGUAAUGAUUGUACAUGUUCAGUGUUUGCUCAGUUGUAACAUCGACAUUGUUCUGUUAUUGACCAAAGUUCAUACGUUUCACAGGUCUCAUCAUCUAGGCUACUGACUUUUUUUUUUUUUUAGGAUUCAUCAUUACAAUUUUGUCACUACAAAAAAAUCUGUUUAUGCACCACUGAAGCAAUGUUAUGAACUGUGUACUCAAAUUACGAUAAGAUACAGCCAAAUGUUGCAUAGUUUGAUUAAAUAAAGAACCAUUGCUUAAGAAUGAGUUUUAGCUGUAUAUUUUGUUUGUUGCUUUAAGAAGAGGUUUAAAUAUGGACACACUUUUCAUGGACAAAAUGUUGACAUUACCAUGUAAACCAUCUGAAGCUGUCGAUGCUCUGCUGGGUGACUUUAACUCUGAGUAUGCCCCCACCCCAACCUGAAAUGGCACCAUCUGAAUGACAAUGAGUUUGCAUGUUUUUUUAAUGCUAAAAUCCAUUGUCAGAUGGGCUACUGGUACGUCCACCGUCAGCAGUGUCCAUCACCUCCCAGUGUAGAAAUCACAUGGUUAAUAUUUUACAGUUCAGUGCUAUUAUGAAAUGUUAACUCAAAUGGCACUUCGAAUCUUACCUACAGUCUCAACUCUGCCAACCAACUUUGUAAAACAUGUUUUUAAUUAUGGAAACAUAUCUUUAAACAUAUCUUAUUGUUUACUUGGUUUUUAUAAACUUUAUACCUUUUUGUAUAAUUUUUAUGUGCUUGUAUUCAAUUUCUAGAUUUUUCAAUUACAUUUUUAAACUUGAAUAAUGUCUCUUGUCAGUUUGUUUAUGCUUCCCCUGGCCAAACCUACAGUACUGUGGAAUAUGUCUUGCC